AUGAUCUCACAUAAUUCGUUCCGCUACGUUCGAUAUGCUGUGUGUGCAUUAUUGCUGCUGCUGCUGUUCCGUUUGAUACGCGAUCGCCGGCCGAAACCGACGUACAUUCCCGCCGACAUUGCUCAAGGAGAUCCGGGCUUUCUGACGUCCUACGAUACCUCGAAUGACUUGCACGCGCACAGCAGCGUGUACUUCAUCGAAUCGUCCGCACCGUUCAAGCGCAUCAUCACGAUCGGACCGCGGCAGGCGUGCGCGAUCGAGUCGGCAGCACGUGCCAAUCCGCUCAAGAAGAUAAUCGUCCUGUUCGCCUCCUGGAACCCAAUAACGAACCCCAGCCAGGUACGGUUUCCCGAUCUGCCAACGUUGGCGGGGUUUGGAAACGUUCACUUCCGCUGGCUAGAUUUGAACCGGUUCGCGCAAGGUACACCGGUGGAGGCGGUGAUCCGAUCAGACCUGCUGCACGAACGGCCGAAUGGUGCCGAGUAUCUGUCGGAGAUAUUGCGGCUGGUGCUGCUGUACAAGUACGGUGGCAUCUAUCUCGACCUCGACGUGGUGACGCUGAAAACGCUCGACUUUGUCAAUGCAAACUUUUUCGGCGCCGAAACGGAACGGCUUGUCGGUACGUCCGUAAUCGGACUAAGGCGGGGCGGGUUUGGGGAACUGUUUGCCGAGCGUUGUCUCGACAACUUUAAAUACUUCGACGAACAAAAAAACAUCCGCAACGGGUCCUUUCUACUCACCUACCAGGUCGUUCAGACGUGCGAAACACUCACCCUACAGGAGAUCCUUGACAGCGGCUGCCGCGGUAUGCUGCAGGUGCACCGGCGGAGUAUCUUUCAUCCCUUCGACGAAACCAACGUGGGCAUGAUGUUCGAUCCUAGCCGGCUGGAGGAAGCGAAGGACCGCCUUGCCCAUGCGAUGACCGUUCACAUGCUCCAUCGUACUAGCGGGAAGAUGCGAGUCGCUGGCGGCACAACGGGCUAUCAGUUGAUUGCCCAAAACUACUGCCCGAGGGUGUAUGAAGAAAAUAGUUAUGAUUUUAAAAAAAAAGGAUAAACACAAUAAAUAAGAGAAAGAGAGAAAGAGAGCUUCCUUUCAAA